UUGACUUUAAUUGAGAAUUAUGCAAAGCCCCAACGAGAGCUGCUGCGGUAAUCCGCUGUCUUCGUUUCAAUUGGUCUCAGUAUUUGAAUUAGUCAAGCAACUGCACUCGAGUAAACCAGUUGUGCUGCGCACACCCACGAAUCAGUAGUAUGAAAAGCGACGAGAUCAUUGAGAAAAUACGCAACAAGCUCAAGGAGUCCGACCCGAACAAACGAACUGUGGUCAACACAUUUCAGUUCAAUUUUACGGACUCCGAUGGCAAACUCAUUAAGAGCAUGGCUCUGGACAUUUAUGAGGGCACCGCAGCUGAUGUUGACGGCCGGGUUACUAUAGCAGAUGAGGACUUCUAUUUGGUUGGCACUAAGCAAAAGAGUUUUGAGCAAAUGCUGGAACAGGACAAGGCUAAAGUCGAUGGCGAUGCGGAUGCUAUUAACAAAAUGUUGGACAAAUUUCGUUUGAAUUCGCAAAAGUAAAAAAA